UCUAUGGAGGAUGAAAUCUCUCCAGAAGGCCUUGUUUUGAUCCCUCGUGGUAGUGAUGACAACAGUGUUGUUGUGGGACCCCAUAUCAGAGGUAGCCGACUGCGAACAUCAUCUGCAACUGGUGAUAAGGAAGUGGAUCUCCUUCUUCCUGGUACAGCAAGACUCCAGAUCCAGCUUGGAGUGAACAUGCCAGCAAGAGCAGAGCAUAUUCCAGGCAAGGAGAAAACGACAAUGUUUAACGAGGUAUACGACGUUGUAUUGUACCUGGGUAUGAUCGACAUAUUGCAGGACUACAACAUAAGUAAGAAGAUUGAACAUGCAUAUAAAUCGAUUCAAUUUGAUUCUCUGUCCAUCUCUGCCGUGGAUCCAACAUUUUACUCCCAGCGCUUUUUAGAAUUUAUUCAGAAGGUGUUUCCCCCAACACUGUAGCAAGUUAAAAAAACGCCUCAGAAAGCUUACUUUGCCUCUGGUGAGAGUUUCCAUUUUUUCCCCUUCCCAUGCCAAACAAGAUGGUUAAGACAUCUCAAGAACAGCCAGACGGAAUUCUUUUAUGAUGUUUACUUGGCGGAAAAAAAAAAAAAAAAAGCAGCAUAUUUGGUGAUGUAUGUAUUGUAGGGUACAAGAAACUGUUUUCAGCUUGUUGGAACCCAUUGAAA